CACUUUGGCGUCAGUUUAAGUUGGGCUGCCGUCGAGAUUGAAAGCUUUCGCUCUUAGCUGAGUUUCGGUUCUUUUCGUUUGAGUUUCCUCAGUUUGUUCUUGAGUGGCAGAAACGCAAUUUUCCAACCGACGACACUUGCUUGAUGAUCCACUCGCGUGAUAGGCAGGAUUUCGCGCGUUCUACUGUGCUAUAACGGUUUUUUUUGGGAACUGACUGCGACACAAAAGAAAUCAUAAUAAAACGCAAAAUUUGGAAGUAUCUAGCAGCAAAGUGUGUUUUUCUCAUAAAUUACAGAUUCGAAUCCAUUUAGGAAUUCUAUCGGAAGCUUCCGUCAGUAAAAUCUAAUUGUGCAGUGAGUUGAAAUUGACAAAGUUGAUCAAGCAGAACACGUGAAAAUGUAACUGUUGUGGUACAUCAAAAAGCCAUUUCGAAGAACAGUGAUAAGAAUUUGUCGUGAAGGAAGAGCAAGGGAUAUUGUAUUUAAUUGAAAUGUCGCGCGAGUUUCCAGCCGCCGCUAUUCUUGGCGCGCUGGUGAAUGUUUAGUUGCUGUCUUUCCGAGGCUGUAUAACGAUUUCACCGGAAUCACGGAGAGCAAUAAUACCGCGAUAAGUUGGGAAAGUGGAAACGGCUCGUGAUAUCGUCUGUUGUGUGGUCGUUUUUUUCUUCUGUGGAUAACGAUUUCAUUUGAAGCGUGGAAAAUUUGUAAAAGGAAGCCAUAAUUUCUUAGCAGCAAAGGCAACAAGUGAAACGGAAUCUUGAUUGUAAGAUAUUUGUAUGAAUCAUCUGUCUAUGCUUAACAGUGUCAAGCGGAAAAUUUGUUCAAUUAUUCAGGCUGUUUUCAUCAUAUACCAUAUACCUACUCGAUUCGAUCCGGAGGGCUUCCAGAACGCCGAAUAGCAAUAUUUGCGGGAUAUAUUUUUACUAUAGGUACGCUUUGCUCAUAUCCGUGGAAGGUAUCAUGUAACGAAAGGAAGAUUUAGAUGAGAAAUAUACCGAAAAGCAUCGCGAUGAAGCUAUCCGAGAGUAAAUCCGACACAUCAAUCAUCGCCAACCUGUACAAAUCGAUCAACCACAACUAUCGGAGGCUGUCCAACACGAGCAGCCUUCUGCAUCGGAUUCCGGACAUGGAGAUACCGUUCAUGAACAUUGCCGACGAGUACGACACCGAGAAGACAAUAGCGGAGGGUUGUUUUGCAAAAAUAUUCCUUGCUCACCACCGACCAACGGGGACCACAGUUGUGCUCAAAGCAAUACAUACCGAGCUAACCACGCUGAAGGAAUUCAUCAAGGAGUUCCACUACAACUACCAGCUCAGUCAUCAUCCGAACAUUCUUAGCUGCUAUCAGGUUAAGUUCCAAACGAAUGAAUACUACGUCUACGCCCAGGAGCACGCGCCGUUUGGAGAUUUGGCGGCAAAUGUAGGUGCAAACGGGCUACAGGAGACGAGCUGCAAGAAGAUUGCUGAACAGCUGAGUUCAGCACUAGGAUUUAUGCACCUGAAAGGAUUGGUUCAUCGGGACCUGAAGUUGGAAAACAUUCUGGUGUUUACACCUGACUUUUCUCGAGUGAAGCUGUGUGACUUUGGAACAACCACCCGCGAGGGCAUCUUAGUCAAUAAGAACAACAAAACGUGGAUAUCAUUCCUACCCCCAGAAGUAUUAGAGGUUGUGAAAAACGAACGGUUCAUCUGCAAGUCGUCGUCUGAUUCGUGGCAGUUUGGAAUUGUACUGUACGUGUGUUUGAUUGGAUCGACACCUUGGAAAUCAGCCGAUUGGGUGCGUGAUCCCAAGUACGCCGCCUUCAUGAAGUACCAGAAGCGAGAAACGACCAAAAUUCCGGAAAACUUUCGACGAUUUACACCUCGUCUACUCCGAGCAUUCCGGCGGAUAUUCGAUCACAAUGAAGAAGAUCGAGCAAAGGUCAGUGACAUAAUGAAGUACAUGAAAAACAAAUGGAUGGACAAUAAGAUCACCACUUCGAAAUCCACUUCGAACAUUGCAAGCAAUACUCAGCAGCAGGCGUCCUCUGAUCAGGACUCCAUCAAGUACAUCAACCAUCGGGAAAGUCGAAACUCCUUCGACGGAAGGCUUCGAGCUCGGAGAAUGACCAGCUUUGGAGGUAUGACGCCGGAACCGACUCCAGUCUCCGGUGCUGAUCCAGAAUCAAUUCGGAACAAAGUAUGGGAGUGGCUCGAAUCGAACGAUCUGAAUCGGCACGACAGCAUGGACGAUGUGGUGGACUUUUCCUUUUGGAACAAAAGCGAGUCGAAAUCCUAUCAGUACGCCAAACGUGAAUCGAUUAUCGGAGCAGCUUCCACGACGACGACGACGACCUCAAUGACGUUAACGACCGCCGCGAGGGAGACAAGUGGUGCAAGCAGUGGACUUCGCUAUAAAUAGAUUUGUUGUUUAGCGAAAGAUAACCUCAAUAAUACUCCGCCAGAGAAAGAUCGAUCCCGAAAUGUAACCAGUGUUGUAGUGAAGCACCACCCAGUGCAGCGCCAAUGUUCGAAUGAGCAUCUUUCCUCACUAGAUACAGCAGAAUAAAAAUUAACUCCUCCCGUCGUCCGGUAGAACAUAGGUAGUACAUGUGAUUAUAUUAAUUAUAUGUGUGAUAACAGUGAGAGAAACGUGAACAUCAGUGAAGUCAGCUAAAGAGCGUAGAUGGUACAACAGAGAAAAUAUAGUUUGUUAGUCUUUUAGCAGGUGAUAGAGUGUUUAGGACGAUAUAUAUAUAUUUAUAUACAUACUAGAAGAACAUUGGAAAUGAAACGGUUGGAAAGCUAGUCAGAACGAAAUGUUCAUCGUGUAAUAAUUGUUUCCAUUAAAUGUUAUGUUGAUAAUGUAUGUGGCAAGGGCGAAAUAAUGGUAUGUACUACAAAUAUUAUUUGUAAACGUCUCUAAAUUAUACAGAAAAGUCGUAUUUUGAUGCGCUCUAGAAUUGUUUAUA